AUAUUAUAAGUAGUACAGUAAAACCGACGUUGGGUUCAAAGCAACUAGAUUGUAACGAAGGACGAUGGCACCAAAUUUUACUGGAAAAUGGGAAAUGGUCAAGCAGGAGAAUUUUGAUGAAUACUUAAAGGCUUUGGAAAUUGGUUUAAUCCUAAGGAAAGCGGCCGCAGUCUUUGCCGGUAAAACAAAGCUUGAUAUUGAACAGAAUGGAGAUCAUUUCGUUAUCGUUAGAAAUGGUUCUGAGAAGGAUGAAUUUAAUAUUGGUACCGAAUUUACAACGAAAAACAAAUUAGGAGAAAUGAAAAAUCUACCAAAAUGGGGUGACAACGACCGUCUCGUCGUUGAUAUGACUCCAACAGGUAAAGAUGGAAAGCCCAGUACUCUCUACAGAUAUCUCGCCUCUCCGGACGAAAUGAUUGUAGAAGUUCAUUGUAAAGAUGUUGUUAUGAAACGAUAUUUUAAGAGAAUUUAA